CGCAUGCGUUAUUCUACUCUCCAGUGUCUGUUGUGUUGUCGCUGUCAGCAUGCGUCUGCAGCUCAUUGCACACCUCCUAUUGCUCUGCGCGCUGCAGCAUGCGAGUUGCAGACUGACAGACGAGCAAUGGAGCAAGGCGGUGCGGAGAGCGAGAGAGAAGAUCGAGAGACGCCAGCGCGUCGUGACGGGAUUCGCUGGCAACGACGUGCAUGUCGAGAGUCCCCUCGGACCUGCCGUGGCAACACAUUCUGCACUGAAAACUGCAACUCCUGAGGCAGAGAUGAAAUCAGACGGAGCUCUACUGGCAACGAGAAGUUUGUUUGAACUUCAGAGUUUGACCAAUCACACUGGCAGUUUGGAGGAGUUGCAGGCGGACGUUAUUCAAGAAUUACCAAAUCGAUUGGAAACUCUGUGUGGUUCAUAUAGUGUCAAUUGCUCGGCUGUUGAUGAUCGUUUUAGAACGAUGAAUGGCAGUUGCAAUAAUCUGUUGCAUCCUUCCUGGGGAUCAGCCAACAACGCAUACAAGAGAUACCUCGCUGCCGUCUACGACGACGGCAUAUCCGCUCCACAAGGAACAAAGACCAGAAACCUCCCAUCCCCUCGAUACAUCAGCCUACAACUAUCACACGACGUCAGCCACGCCGCACACAACCACACGCUCAUGCUGAUGCAGUGGGGCCAAUUCCUCGAUCACGACAUCACGCACACUCCCGCACACGACGCAACCAAGUCGUGCGGCACGUCAUGCAGACAAACCACGUCGUGUUUUCCGAUCAAAAUUGCAGCUUCGGAUCCACUUUUUCGACUUCGAUGUCUCGCGUUUGGGAGAUCCACGGCUUCAUGUGAGGCGAACAGAGCGAUCACACGCUCACAGUUAAACAGCAUUACGUCAUAUAUUGAUGCAUCGAAUGUCUACGGCUCGUCAGAACGAGAACUGAUGGAGCUACGUGACGUCAACUCGAUUGGCUUGUUGAGAGUUUUGCCUCUUCGCUACACGACGUCGUCGAAGAGCUCCUUGCCUCAUCAGUCGUCAUCCGACCCACUUUCUUCACUCUGUCGUUGCCGUUGUGGGUCGCCACAGAGCGACUGUUUCAAAGCGGGUGACAUACGAGCGAACGAAGUCGUCUCUCUGACUGCGAUGCACACCAUCUGGCUACGAGAGCACAACCGAAUCGCCACCAAGUUGUCGAUGCUAAACAAGUGUUGGGAUGGCGAUCGAGUGUUUUACGAGACGCGGAAGAUAGUUGGAGCGAUGAUGCAACAGAUUACGUACAGCGAGUAUCUACCGGUCAUUCUGGGAAAAUUGGGAAUGAAAAGAUACGGAAUCAAAAUCCAUCGACUUCAUGCUCCUCGUUCGUUCUACGAUCGGGAUCUCAAUGGAGGAAUCGCGAACGUGUUUGCGACUGCCGCGUUCCGUUUCGGUCACUCACAGUUGAGGAACGAGUUCGCUCGACGAGGUCACGGAUACUACAACCUUCACCGACCGUUUCGUCUCAACGCCAGCUUCUUCUGUCCGCAUUCGAUGUACGACAUGUCGACUGGCGGCGUCGACUCGAUCCUUCGUGGACUCCUGAUGACGUCACCACAGAGUGUUGAUCUCCAUGUUGCAACAACCGUCACAUCUCACUUGUUCGCUGACCCUCCCGGCAGCCCGGGAUUCGAUCUCUUCGCUUUGAAUGUGCAACGAGGACGCGACCAUGGGAUCCCGUCGUACACACACUGGCGGCAUCACUGUGGACUCGAUGUCGCCACGAUGACGACAUUCGAUGCGUUACGCUCAGAUAUACCCAACGACACGAUCAACACACUGAAGUCUGUUUACCACUCGGUUGAACACAUUGACCUUUUUGUUGGCGGUUUAGCCGAGAAUCACGUCGACGAUGCAUCCGUUGGUCGUACGUUCCGAUGCAUUUUGGGACGUCAGUUUCGUGAGCUUCAACGAGGCGAUCGAUUCUGGUAUGAAACACAUGGCCAGUUCACUCCCCGUCAGCUGAAGGAAAUCAAGAAAGUCACGCUAGCGAAAGUCGUAUGCACAAACGGAGAUCUAAUUGACGAGAUACAGCCACACGCAUUCAUGAAAAUGGGAAACGAGAUGAACAAGGCGACGUCGUGUUCCGAACUUUCAGAUAUGAAUUUGAAGGCGUGGAAGAAGAAGGGAUGUCAGUUGAGACAGACGACGGAGUAUUUGGGUGUGAAUGAGUGCGUGCGUGGUAGCUGGGAGGUGUGGAGUGAGUGGAGCGAGUGUAGCAGGUCGUGUGGUAUUGGUGAGCGGAUGAGGAUGAGGAGAUGUAAUGACAGCUGUCUGAGAUGUGACGAUGGAUUUUAUCUCGAUUCCAAGUGUUGUGUUGGAGCGUGUGUGGCUAGUCAGGAAGUUGCAGCUUGUUGCUCCUCUUGGUCUCCAUGGAGCUCGUGCAGCAGGAAAUGUGCAGGUGGUACACGCACACGCCGUAGACACUGCAACCGAGAACGAUGCCCCAACAGACACACAAAGGACAAACAACCAUGCAACGUGAAAUCGUGUCCUGUUGCCAACUUUGACCUGUUCCGGUCGGGCAGACCCUUCAGUUUCAUAACAAGGGAGCAAACGCGAUCACACACGUAAUCACAAACGUCACAGCAAUGAGAAAACGUCGAUUUCUGCAUGUUUAUUAUUAUUUCAUCACUAUGGUUUUGUCAUC